UGAAUCCCACUUGCUCAGGCAAUGGUUUUCCACAGUGGCUGCAGCUUUCACUGUACUUCAGCGUAGAGCGACACUUAUACCCAUCCGAGGUGGGGUUUUUAUUUUCUCUCCCCCCUGAACAAUUUUUUUUUUUGCCUCUGCUUUUUCUCUUCUUGUCUGUUUCUUCCACCACAGCGGAUUGUCCCCCGAAAAAAGGCUGGUGCAGCAACUUUUUCUUCCCCCCCUUUGCAUAUUUUCCCCCCCUCUACCAGAAUAUGUCGUUGACCAACACAAAGACGGGCUUUUCUGUAAAGGACAUUUUGGACCUUCCUGACACGAACGAUGAGGACGGAUCUAUCACCGGAGCUGAAGAGGACACGGAGGGAUCGGAGACCACGUCCACGACGAAAACCACGGGAGUUUUGGUGCAAAGUCCUCUAGAAAACGUUCAGAACCUGCCUUUAAAGAACCCCUUUUACGACAGUAGUGACAAUCCUUACACACGAUGGCUUGCUACCACGGACAGUAUUCAGUAUUCAUUGUUUCUCCCGUUUCUUGUCCCAGUGCACGGUCUGUCCGCCAGCUCGCAGGACUCGGCGAAGUCCCCGGAACCGUCCGCGGACGACGAGUCCCCGGACAACGACAAGGAGACGUCCAGCAGCGGCGGCAGCGACUCCGGCAAGAAGCGCAAACGGAGGGUGUUGUUUUCCAAGGCGCAGACCUACGAGCUGGAGCGCCGCUUCAGGCAGCAGAGGUACCUGUCCGCCCCRGAGAGGGAGCACUUGGCCAGCUUGAUCCGCCUCACCCCGACCCAAGUGAAGAUCUGGUUCCAGAACCACCGGUAUAAGAUGAAGAGAGCCCGGGCCGAGAAAGGUAUGGAAGUGACCCAUCUCCCUUCUCCCAGGCGGGUGGCCGUGCCCGUCUUAGUCAGGGAUGGAAAGCCUUGUCACACUCUUAAAGCUCAGGACUUGGCGGCCACUUUUCAGGCCGGGAUCCCCUUCUCGGCGUAUAGCGCCCAGUCGCUCCAACACAUGCAGUAUAACGCGCAGUACGGCGCCGCGGCCGCGCCGCAGUUCCCCACAGCGCAUCACUUGGUGCAGACGCAACAGUGGACUUGGUGAGAGAGAUUAUAGAGACUUGGCUUGGAGGUGCGAUAGGGAGUCCCCCCCCCCACCCCCCACAAAACAAAGAGAAAGGAGAAAAAAUAAACAAAAACACACACAACAAAACAAAAGACUUUCCUUUUUUGCAGCUUGACUCAUAUAAAUACUCCCAUUUUUUUAUUCGGGGCUCAUGUGUGCGCCGUGUUUACAUGUUUUCGUUAAGAAAACUGGGUCCGAACCCCCCCUCACCCCACCCUUAUAGAUUUUAUUAAGAUUUCAAUGCUCUUCUUGUGAAUUUAUUUUUUUGUAAAGUAUGUUGUGUGUUGGUUGUAGAGAUGUUUUCUCUCCUUUUUUCCCUUUUUUAUUAUUAUUAUUUUGUCCCUUCGUGUUAUUCUCAGCACGUACGAACCACUUUAUAUAAUUAUAGAAAAUUUUAAUUUCUUGCUUCUUUUAUGGACCGAAAAAAAAUAUUUAUGGCCAUGAAUAAAAAAACUGGCAAGUUUUCAGCCCUUUUUUCCCCCCUUUGGCUUUUAUUUCUUGUAAAUAUAUUUGUGGCAGGUGGUGUGAAUGCAGAUGGAAAACAGUUAAAAUGAUCAUUUAAAAAUACAAUAAUUAAUAAAAAAAACAAGAUUAGGACUUCUCAGGACAAAAUAUAUAUUUAAAGGAGAAACAUCUUUGCGCGAUGAUGGCUAAAAUCAAAUAAUUUUUAAAUAAAAAUAACAUGUUGGUGA